AUGUCCGGAGCCAGAGCCGUAGUCAAGACCCUGGACCACCUCGUGCUCACCUGCGCGAGCGUCCCAAAGACCGUCUCGUGGUACAGCACGUACCUCGGGAUGAAGGCGGAAACCUUCACGUCGCCGCUGGAUCCCUCGGUGCAGCGGACGGCGCUCAAGUUCGGCCCGCACAAGAUCAACCUCCACCAGCAGGGGAAAGAGUUCGAGCCCAAGGCGAAGACGGCACUCCCGGGCACCGCAGAUCUGUGCUUUCUCGUUCAGGACGGCACGAACCUGGAGGAGCUGAUUAAGGGAUUCCGGGCCGAUGGGAUUCAAGUCCUGGAAGGCGAGAAGGUGGUCGCGAGGACCGGUGCGCAGGGGCCUAUCCAGAGCAUCUACGUGCGGGAUCCUGACGGCAACUUGAUUGAGUAA